AUGUCGGACCAGUACAACCAGGACAAAUUGAGCCAGGAUUUCAGUAAGCAGAGCUUGGAUGAAAAUAGCCAACAGGGCUUCAACCCUAGCUCGCAAUCCUUCGUGCCUCAGGGUGGCUACAACCAGUACCAGGCCCAGGGCCAAGGACAAGGCGGUUACGGCCAGUACAACCAGUACAACCAAUAUCAAAACUAUGGUAACAACAGUGGCCGUGGCGGAUACAGCAGUGGUCGUGGUGGCUACAACAACUACAACCAGGGCUACAACCAGUACCAAAACAACUAUAAUAACAGCUACAGUGGCUACAACCAAGGCUACAACCAGUACCAGAACCAGUACCAGGGAUACGGCGAUUACCAGCAACAGCAACAACAGCAACAGCCUCAGCAGCAGGGCAUGUCAUUGGCUGACUUCCAGAAAAAGCAACAGGCAUCUGCUACUCCAGCUGCUAAGCCUAAGAGAACCUUGAAGUUGGCUACCAGCUCUUCUGUCAAGUUGGUGAACAACACCAAGGCUGCUGCCGUGGAGAACAAGGAAGAGAAGAAGGAAGAAAAGAAGGAGGAGAAGAAGGAGGAAUCCAAGCCCGAGCCAAAGGAAAAGGAAGAGCCAAAGAAGGAGGCCACCCCAUCCCCAGCUGCUCCAACCCCUCAGUCUGCUUCUACCAAGUCUUCUGCCGCUCCAUCUGCCGCUGCUUCUAAGACUGCUUCUAAAACUGCUACUCCAGCUGCCACAAAGGAAUCUACACCAGUGCCUUCUGCCGAGAAUGUCAUCAGACAACAAGAGGACGAGGUCGACGAGGAGGUUAUCAACGAUAUGUUCGGUGGUAAAGACCAUCUUUCUAUCAUCUUCAUGGGUCACGUCGAUGCUGGUAAGAGUACCAUGGGUGGUAACAUUCUUUUCUUGACCGGUGCUGUGGACAAGAGAACCGUUGACAAGUACGAAAGAGAAGCCAAGGAUGCCGGCAGACAGGGCUGGUACCUUUCUUGGGUUAUGGAUACCAACAAGGAAGAGAGAUCCGAUGGUAAGACUAUCGAGGUCGGUAAGGCAUACUUCGAGACCGACAAGAGAAGAUACACUAUCUUGGAUGCUCCAGGCCACAAGAUGUACGUUUCUGAGAUGAUUGGUGGUGCCUCUCAGGCCGAUGUCGGUAUUCUCGUCAUUUCCGCCAGAAAAGGUGAGUACGAAACUGGUUUCGAAAAGGGUGGUCAGACAAGAGAGCACGCUCUUUUGGCCAAGACUCAGGGUGUGAACAAGAUCGUCGUCGUUGUCAACAAGAUGGACGACCCUACUGUCGGCUGGUCUGAAGACAGAUACAAGGACUGUACCACAAAGGUGGCUCAGUUCCUUAAGGGUAUCGGCUACCUGAAGGAUGAUAUUCUCUUCAUGCCAGUCUCUGGUUAUACCGGUGCUGGUCUUAAAGACAGAGUUGACUCCAAGGACUGUCCAUGGUACGAGGGCCCAUCUCUUUUGGAGUUUUUGGAUAACAUGAAGACUGUCAACCGUUUCGUGAACGCUCCAUUCAUGUUGCCAAUUGCUGCUAAGAUGAAGGACAUGGGUUGUGUUGUUGAAGGUAAGGUUGAGUCUGGUCACGUCAAGAAGAAUGCCAGUUUGUUGAUGAUGCCUAACAGAACCAGUGUCGAAGUCUCCAGUAUCUUUAAUGAAACUGAACAAGAGGUUGACACUGCUAUUUGUGGUGAGCAAAUUCGUAUGAAGAUCAAGGGUGUCGAAGAAGAAGACGUCGCUCCAGGUUAUGUGUUGACAUCUCCAAAGAACCCAGUCAGAACUGUCACAAAGUUCGAAGCCCAAGUUGCCCUUGUUGAGUUGAAGUCGAUUUUGUCCAACGGUUUCUCUUGUGUCAUGCACUUGCAUACUGCCGUGGAGGAAGUUCGUUUCGUCGAAUUGAAGCAUAAAUUGGAGAAGGGUACUAAUAGAAAGUCCAAGAAGCCACCAGCAUUUGCCAAGAAGGGUAUGAAGGUUAUUGCCGUCUUGGAGACCCCAGAGCCUGUCUGUGCUGAGACCUACAAUGACUACCAACAAUUGGGUAGAUUCACUUUGAGAGAUCAGGGUGUCACGAUUGCCAUUGGUAAGAUCACCAAGUUGUUGUAA